AAAGCCAAACCUUCAACUCUCACAUAAUACAAAAUCCCUCUCCGACUUCUUCAUCUUCUGAUACGCAUUCGAAACGCAAAGGAAAAACCCAAAUGCCUUUACUUCUCUUACUCCCAUAGAAGAGAAUCCCCUGACUCACAAGCAAAAACCCAAAAUCCUUAUCCUUUAUCUCUCUCUUGCACAGACUGAUUUUUGGUGAAGAGAUGCAUCCUUGUAGCAGAGAAAUGCAAGGAAUAAAUUAUGUCCUAAACCCAUCUUCUCAAAUCCCUCUUCAAGACCUUCAAAAUCAACAACACCAACAGAUCCAGAACUCUCCUUUCGAUCCCUCUUCCUCCUCAAACGAUGAUUUCCUUGACCAAAUGCUUUCUUCUCUCCCUUCCAGUUCCUGGGCCGACCUCAAGUCUCCCUGGGACCUUAAUCCCCCCACAAGCCUCAACAUCCCCAUUAAUAAUUCCUCUGCCAAACCCAGAGAAGAUGAAACGCCGCCUUCUAUGCCUGAGAAUGUUGGCUUCCAUAACUUUGACGAGUCUGUGAUUUUGGCCGCCAAGCUCAGACAGCACCAGAUCAGUGGAGGGCCCUCCCCUGCAGUGGCGGCUGCUGCCAAGGCCAUGCUGCAGCAGCAGCUCAUGAUGGCCACCAGAGGAGGAGGCUUGCCUCAGAACGACGUCGUUGAUGGGUCGUCCUUCAAGUCUCCUACUCGGGGAGAUGGAUCAGUGCAGGCACUGUAUAAUAAUGGGUUUGGCGCUGGAUCUAUGCAUGGGACUGGGCAGGCAUCUAACCAGUCUCAGCAACAUUUCCACCAUCCUCAGGCAUGGUCGCUGCAGGCGCAGAACUUUAGUACUCCAGGGGCAGGGGCGGGGAUGGCGAUGAACCAACCUCAGGCAAGCGGGUCAACGGGUGGUGCGCCGGCACAGCCCAGACAAAGGGUGAGGGCUAGGAGGGGUCAAGCAACUGAUCCACACAGCAUAGCUGAAAGAUUACGAAGGGAGAGAAUUGCAGAGAGAAUGAAGGCCCUGCAGGAACUGGUUCCCAAUGGCAACAAGACAGACAAGGCUUCGAUGCUAGAUGAGAUCAUCGACUAUGUCAAAUUCCUACAGCUUCAAGUCAAGGUUCUGAGCAUGAGUAGAUUGGGCGGUGCAGCUGCUGUUGCUCCCCUCGUAGCUGAUAUGUCAUCCGAGGGACGAGGAGGAGCCGGAGGUGGCGGCGACUGUAUUCAGGCCACUGCUAAUGGUGGGUCCCUUCCACGUACCAAUAGUAACUCCACCCAAACGCCGUCUUCCAACGACACCCUUACGGUCACUGAACACCAGGUCGCUAGACUAAUGGAAGAAGACAUGGGUUCCGCCAUGCAAUAUUUGCAAGGCAAAGGUCUCUGCCUCAUGCCCAUUUCCCUUGCCACCGCCAUUUCAACCACCACAUCUCACUCCCGGAACCCUGUCCUCAACUCCAAUCACCACUCUUUGCUCCAUUCUAACGGUGAAGGACCCUCCUCGCCUAGCAUGUCAGUGUUGACCGUUCAGUCAGCUACUAUGGGUAACGGUAGAGGUGACGCCUCCGUCAAAGAUGCAGCCUCCGUUUCCAAGCCGUGAUAACGAUGUGGCCUUACUGACUUUUUAUUGCUCCUUGUUUUAAUCCUCAUCAAGUAAACAAAGAAAAAGAAGAUGGAGCCCGCGUGACAUGUAGGAUUCAACGGCCGUUUAAAGUCUACGAAAAUAAGGGUCUUUAUAUUCUGGCAGUGUUUCACACGACACCGUAUUCUUGUAGACUUUAGCUAAAUCAUGGCUAACUCAGUCAAGUACCAACCGCACCACCCAACAAGAAAAGGUGAAAACAAAGAAGCAAGAUCGACCAAAUCCAAAGGACAAGAAUAGCCCUUUUCUUUUUUAAUUAUAUUAUAGUAUUUUUAAUUUUUAUUUUAUUAGUAUUUUCUUAAUUUGCAUUUGUGUGUGUUUUGGUGGAAGAGGAGCAGUUUAGUGUUCUUUGUGAUUAUGUUAGUAUUAAAAUAUUAUCAGAAUCUGAUUAUCUUUAAUAAUAACGUUAUUAUUAUUAUUAUUA